AGAGUUCUCCAUGGACAAGAUCCUGGAGGGGCUGGUGAGCUCGUCGCACCCGCUGCCGCUGAAGCGGGUGAUCGUGCGGCGCGUGGUGGAGUCGGCGGAGACGCCGCUGAGCCAGGCGCAGUGCCGCGCCAUGUUCGCGCUCGGCACCCGGCUGGUGCUGCAGGGCCCCGACCCCUUCCAGCGCCAGGUGGGGCGGCAGGUGCUGGACGCCUACGGCCGCUUCCACCGCGACGAGUUCGAGGCGUUCUUCAACCGCGGGCUCGUCCUGGGCCUCCUGCAGCGCGGCUACGGCGAGCUGAGCAACCGCGACCCCGCCAUCCUCGACUACAUCCAGGCGGGGCUGCGCCUCAUCAUGAGCUGCCCCUCGGUGCUGGAGCUCUUCGAGCUGCUGCAGGUGGAGGCGCUGCGCCUGGUGUGCGAGCGCCCGGCGCCGCCGCUCUGCGCCCGCCUCUGCCAGCUCCUGGGAGACUUCCCGCAGUGCCUGCCCCGCGGCAGGAAGCUCUCGCUCGCCUUCUGCCAGCAGCUGGUGCGCAGCAUCGCGCACUUCCAGAGCCAGGGCACCCGGGAGGCUGAGCUGCGCCUCUACGUGUCGCAGGUGACGCAGGUCAGCGCGCUGCUGCGGAGCGUCUGGAAGGCAGAGCCCGACACGCUGCUGCCCUCCCUGCAGGAGCUCUUCGCCGUCAUCUCCGCCGCCGAUACUUCCUUCGAACCUUCUGUUGCACUGGCAAGUCUUGUGCAGCACAUACCACUACAGAUGAUUACAGUACUCAUCAGGAGCCUUACUACAGAUCCAAAUGUGAAAGAUGCAAGUAUGACUCAAGCUCUGUGCAGAAUGAUUGACUGGUUAUCCUGGCCUCUGGCUCAGCAUGUGGAAACGUGGGUGAUUGCACUGCUGAAAGGAUUGGCUGCAGUCCAGAAAUUUACCAUCCUCAUUGAUGUCACUCUGCUUAAGAUCGAAUUGGUCUUUAAUCGACUUUGGUUUCCUCUAGUGAGGCCUGGUGCCCUUGCUGUCCUUUCGCACAUGUUACUUAGUUUUCAGCAUUCUCCAGAAGCUUUUCAUUUGAUUGUCCCCCACGUGGUCAGUUUGGUUCACUCCUUCAAAAGGGAUGGCUUGCCUUCCAGUACAGCCUUUCUGAUGCAGUUGUCUGAGUUGAUACACUGCAUGAUGUAUCAUUAUUCAGGAUUUCCAGAGCUCUAUGAACCCAUUCUGGAAGCUAUUAAGGAUAUGCCCAAACCCACUGAAGAGAAGAUUAAGAUGAUUCUCAGUCAGAGUGCUUGGACUUCUCAAUCCAGUUCUUUGCCAUCUUGUUUAUCUAGACUUUCUGGAAAAUCUGAAACUGGGAAGACAGGUCUAAUAAAUUUAGGAAAUACUUGCUACAUGAACAGUGUUAUUCAGGCACUUUUUAUGGCUACAGAUUUCAGAAGACAUGUUUUAUCUCUGAAUCUAAAUGGCUGUAAUUCACUAAUGAGAAAAUUACAGCAUCUUUUUGCAUUUUUGGCCCAUACACAGAGGGAGGCAUAUGCUCCUAGAAUUUUCUUUGAAGCUUCCAGGCCACCAUGGUUCACCCCUCGAUCCCAGCAGGAUUGCUCAGAAUAUCUCAGAUUCCUGCUAGACAGGCUGCAUGAAGAAGAGAGAACUUUGAAAGCAUUGUCUUCAGCAAAGAGUUCUGAAAGUAUAAUGAAUGAAGAGUCACAGGCACAAGAAACUGUCCAUAAAACACAAGUAUUUGCUGAAACACCUUGUAUGGAAAGUGAAGAAAGAACUCUGAUAGAGAAGAUGUUUGGAGGAAAAUUGAAGACUACCAUAUGCUGUUUGAACUGCAAGAGUAUGUCUCAAAAGGAAGAGGCUUUCACAGAUCUCUCUCUGGCUUUCUGUCCUCCAACUUCCUUGGAGAAUGGCCCAAAAUGUAUGGAACAUUCUGAAGUGAAGGACGACUACGUGGUGCAAACUAACACUUCAGCAACUAGUCCUGCUGCAGAAACACCUCUCAAUAAUUUGGAUGUAAAUCGUGGAUGUGACACAAUAAUGAAUGAAGGAACCAUAGAAGAUUUUUCUGCUGAGCCAAACUCUGAGAACACCACAAUUUCUGAACUCAAGCAAGUUCAGAGUAAUAGGGAUAUGUCUCAGACUCACUUAGUAGGUAAAAAUACCCUGUCAGUUACAGACUUACUCAAUUAUUUUCUGGCACCUGAGAUCCUUAGUGGAGACAAUAAGUAUUAUUGUGAAAAGUGUGCCUCUCUACAGAAUGCGGAGAAAACUAUGCAAAUCGUUGAGGAACCUGAAUACCUCAUUCUCACUCUUUUGAGAUUUUCAUAUGAUCCAAAGUGUCACAUAAGGCGCAAAAUCUUGGACAAUGUGUCUUUACCACUUGUUUUGGAACUGCCAGUCAAAAGCAUAACAUCCCCUCUAGCAGUAGUUUCGGGAAGUUGGUCUGUUGGUGUUGAGAUUUCCGAUACCGGAGAAAACCUUGCUAAAAAACUGAAGCCCUCAGGUGCUGAUGAAGUGACCUGCCCACAACUGGUGCCCUACAUGCUAAGUUCUGUGGUAGUGCAUUCUGGUGUAUCCUCUGAAAGUGGACAUUACUAUUCCUAUGCUAGAAAUGUUACUGGGUCAGGGCCUUCAGGGCUCUGCCACCAGUCUACAGCUCUUUCUUUAGUUUCUCCUCAGGAUAAGUUGUUGACAGAGGAGAGUCCUUGUACUGUCGUAGAAAAUGAGCUGGACACUGAGAUGCCAAGAGAAUGGUUUCUGUUCAAUGACAGCAGAGUGACAUUUACCUCAUUUCAGUCAGUCCAGAAAAUUACCAGUAGAUUUCCAAAGGACACUGCAUAUGUUCUGUUUUACAAAAAGCAAAAUAGCACCUGUGGCUUCAGCACCAAUCCAGCAAAUGGACUCUGGGUAAACGGAGACCCUCCUUUACAAAAGGACCUCAUGGAUGCAAUUACAAAAGAUAACAAACUGUACUUGCAGGAGCAAGAGCUUAGUGCUCGAACACAAGCACUUCAAGCUGCCUCAGCCUCGUGCUCUUUCCGACCCAACGGAUUUGAUGACAACGACCCCCCUGGAAGUUGUGGGCCCACAGGUGGAGGAGGAGGGGGUGGGUUCAGUACCGUUGGUAGAUUAGUCUUUUGACUAUGAAGACAACCUGGAAUACACUGGUUCCGAAGCAGCCCAGUACUGCUGAGGGCAAAUAAAAUAUUGAACUUUGUCAGAUAUUGUACCAAUUUUUGAGACUUGAUCCUCGUUGAAAAGCAGAUGUUGGUGUUUUUUUGGUUAUGUUUUAUUUGAAAUAAAUAAGCGCAUAAUGGAGAAAAACUACCUCUUAAAAAUUCAGUUGCUUUCAUAGUAAGAUAUGCUUGCCCAAAAGAGAGAAAACUUAAGAUUUUUAAGUAGUUGCUAAUGACAUUGCAUUAAACUGAACAAACGCACUUACAUCAGUUUCUCUUGUCCUCAUCCACUGAAUGAAGAAAGUUCAUUUCUUGCUCUGGUGGUAUUGCUUUAUGUGGAAAACCCAUUUUCACAUGGGCUAAACUGUGUCAUGGAGUCUCUCACCCCCAGCUUAUUUCCAAAUCCAGUACCUUUGUGGAUUUUCAGAGAUGAUGCAAUUUAUAAUGAAGGCAAUAACUUAAAUGUGACAUGAUACAGUACUUUCCAGGUUAAAAAUUAUUCAGUCUAUUUCCACUGUAAAUGAAAAGAAGAAAAAAUAAUUUAUACUUAUUUGCUAAGUUGUUAUCCAAAAAAGUGCAUGUUGUGUAGGAACAAUGUUUUUAAAUAGAAAUUGUUAACUUUGUAGCAUUUUUAAUUGUUUUGAGGAUUUUAAAAUUAUUUCAGGGAAUAUAUCUGCUGUGUGUUGGAAAGGAAGAGAUUCUGUAUGUGCCUUGCAGUACUGUAACUUAAAACAAACUUUGAGACUGCAGAAAAUGAGAAAAGUGUGUAGUAGUCAAUUAUUUUUUGUCAGUAUUAGAAAUCAGGACAUAUAUAGAAAGCUUUUAAGUUUUCAGAAGUAAAAAUCUGGUAGUUUGAAAUGCAUUAAGUGUUGCCCUUUAUUUUUUGAUUAAAAAAAGAUUGCGUACCUAGUGAUCUCUGACUUUCAUGGCCUGCACUGCUAAGAAAAAACUGGUCAUAAAUACAAAGCAAUGUUUGUGAAGUCGCAGAAAGGCUGCCUGUAUUGAUCUUUGCUGAGGAGCUGUGCUUCUAAGAGUCCUUUGAAGUCUUGCCUUCAGGUUUUGCUUGUAGUGAGAAGUUUCUGGUGAGUUCAGGAUUUUUUUUUUUCUGUCUGCAGAAGCCCCAAAACGAUUCUGCCUAUGGAGCAGUGUUUGCUUGCUCAUUAGACCAGCAGAGAUGGAGGAUCCACUCCUUAGAGUCUUGGCAGAAAUAACAACUUUGGUUUUUGAUGUGCAAUGAGGAUAACAGAAGCAAAGGAGUUACACUGUCAAUCCUGGUGAUUAAUUCUUAACUUGAAUAAUCUUAGAGUGAAGUGUAAAUUUCUUUAAAGUAUUUUUACAAAAUUCUGCACUGUUUUGCUGUGGUUUUUAUAUUCUACUAGGUGACAAGGUAUAUCCUUAAAAAGCAUGCAGACCUGACAGGUUUUAGCUUAACUGUAUAAAAAUAAAUUUCUUAGGAAAUGCUUUAAAAAGCAUAAAAUAAGUUGAGGAAAAUGAAAUCUUGUUCGUAUGAUUCUAAAAAUAUGGAAUUUAGUCUGAAAGGUAACUUAGCUUGCAAGCUAUUUUUAUAUUAUCACUAAAACUAUGCUAUUUACUCUACUAUAGGUUUGUACGCUACUGCUCAACAAAGCCAGAGCAGCUCACUUUGAUUUUUUCAAUACUUUCCAAGCUUUGUUGUGACGGUUUGUGACACCUUGGCUUUGACCUACGCUUGUCGUUGCUAUCUCAGUUGUAGGUCUCUGAACCAGGGGUUCAGCUGUGGAAAUGUGGAAUGUUUUGAGACCAGCAUGAGGGACGUUCUCAUUUCGUUGUACUUGGACGAGGUUUUCUUGAAAGCUCACUUUGCUUUGAAAUUCUUUCAGUCUGAGAGGGUUUUUUUUAUUGCCUUUUAGGCUUCUCUACCAGUUUACUCUGGUUUUAAAAUGUUUUAUGUGACAGGUUAAUUUGGCUUUCCUCUCCCAGAUUAUGAGGACACACUAAAAAGCUGUCUGCUGUUUGCAUUACAGUGGGAGUAUUUUGUCUCUGUUUCAAUUUACCGUUCGUUUUAAAACACUGGGAAGUAGAAGCAGAGGCAAGUGGUUUUACUCUAUAUGAAAUCAUAAUUUUGUAAAGGUCAGUUUUGUUUUUAUGUUCUCACAAUAAAAAUAUAAAUUAUGUAGCCUACUUAAAAAUAACAUGCAGAAUGAGUUUGUAUACCUGUUGUAUUAUAUUUAUUUCAUGAACUCUCAGAAGGCUUUCUACGCCCUUGUUUGCCUGUUCUAAAUUAGGUGUUAAAUAUGGAAAAUUUAUAUGAGAGUAAUGCCAAUCAGGUUGGAUCUGUUUAGGUACAAAAUAAUGGAUGUCUGAAACUGAAAAUAACUUCUUUCUUUCCCCUUGUUGACUUUUGUUGAUGGAGUUACUUGGGGUUUUACAAGUAGAUUCUAAAAUUCAGAAUACCUACUUGCAAGUCUGUUUGCUGACCUGACAGCUGUCAUAUCGGCCGAUUAGUCAGACCUAACUUGGAAGGUUUCAAUAAACUUGGUGGAAGUGGAGAAGUA